AUGCAUUCUGUAAUUGGUUAUGGAGCAUUUUCUUCGGUUUACGCUGCAUGCUUGAAACAUACUCAAUCAAAAGUUGCAAUUAAAAAAUUCGACGAAGGUUCUACGGAGGGAAUCAUUUUAAAUGAGUUGAAAAUUCUUGAACGUAUUAGAGAAAAACCUAUUUUAACCACAAAUGAUAGAUUUGUUAAGCUUUACCAAAAAUGUUGGCAACAUGAACCAAAUGAAAGACCCGAGAUCAAUCAAGUAAUUUCGGAACUUAAUAGUAUUACUCAUUCCGAAGAAAGUGUAAGAAUUGAAGAACCAGGAAAUGAUGAAUGUUUAAGAACAGAAGAAUUGAAAAAUGAAGAAAUUAAAAAAUCAGUUGAAGAUUGUGAUACAGCUACACAUGACAAAAUUUAA